AUUCUCUACGACAGUCCCAAGGCGAGACGAGAGGUGGAGCUGCACUGGCGAGUGUCCGGAGGGCCGUACAUUGUUCGCAUCCUCAGCCUGUAUGAGAACAUGUAUCAUGGGAAGAAGUGCCUGCUCAUCAUCAUGGAGUGUAUGGAGGGAGGAGAGCUGUUCAACAGGAUCCAGGCCAGAGGAGACCAGGCCUUCACUGAAAAGGAGGCGUUUGAGAUCAUGAGGGACAUCGGCACAGCCAUCCAGUUUCUCCACAACAUUGACAUCGCGCACAGGGACAUCAAGCCAGAGAACUUGUUGUACACCAAUAAAGAUAAAAACGGGGUCCUGAAGCUGACAGACUUUGGCUUUGCUAAGGAGACAACGCUACACAACUCUCUGCAGACCCCCUGUUACACACCGUACUACGUGGCUCCUGAGGUUUUGGGCCCAGAGAAGUAUGACAAAUCAUGUGACAUGUGGUCUCUGGGGGUCAUCAUGUACAUUCUGUUGUGUGGUUUCCCCCCAUUUUACUCCAACACGGGUCAGGCCAUUUCUCCAGGCAUGAAGAGGAGGAUCAGGAUGGGCCAGUAUGAGUUCCCUACUCCAGAGUGGUCUGAGGUGUCUCAAGAAGCUAAAGAUUUGAUCCAACAGCUGCUGAAAACUGAUCCUAAUGAGAGAAUGACCAUCACUCAGUUUAUGAACCACCCCUGGAUCAAUCAGUCCAUGGUGGUUCCCUCCACUCCACUCCACACCACCAGAGUCCUGAAUGAAGAGAGGGCGCUGUGGGAGGACGUGAAGGAGGAGAUGACCAGCGCUUUAGCGACCAUGCGUGUGGACUACGACCAGGUGAAGAUCAAGGACCUCGACACGUCCAGCAACCCUCUACUCAACAAGAGGCGCAAGAAGGCUGCUUCAGGGGCCAAGAGUGGCUCCACGGUCUGCCAAAGCCAGUGAGCUGACGGAGACGCUCAGAGGAACAUCCAGGCCGUGAUGAAGAUGAACCUCUCUGGAUAAGAAGAGAGACGUUUAUAUUUUGAUGGAUGAAGUUCAUCAGGGGGCUGCUCUGAACUUCUGAGAGGCUGCACAUGGAAGGAACACCAGUAGCAAAUCUGGGCUUUUGUUCUCCUUAGCAGUCAGUAGUAGAAAUCAGCUCUGUUCACUGUGAGCUUCAUUUGUUUUAAUUAUUUUUAUCUGUGGAUUGUUUUUUUAGAGCUAGCCUGUUUAUAAGAUUUUACUGUGUGCAGACUGAAGUAUUUUUUGUGGAUCUGAAUGCUGGAUUUCCUACAAAUUCAAAACCCAAAUCCUUUGCAGUUUGUGUCCUGAUAAGACAGGAAGAGCCCAGCUGGACUGUCUGAAACACACUUGGUUGUUUUGGUCGUCCUAAUGUUGCCGCUUCCUCUUCAGGCCUCAGCCACAGUCUCGUCUCUAAGUGUAGCCUUCAUACCGAACUGAUGAGGAAGACGUUUUCUGAAGCAACA